GAGGAGCUCCACGUGGACCCCAAGGCAGCGCUGCACUGGGCCAAGCGCCUCGCGGAGGAAGAGCUGCUGCAGACCACGGAGGAUUUGUAUCUCCUCAGCGAGAAGGACUAUUUUAUGCGACUGCCUCUGCCCAUGCACAUGCGGCGCUGGCUUGCAGAUGAACGAAGCCGUCUCUUCAACCCUAGCCAGGAUGAUCUGGCAGGAACCACCAGCGGCAUGUUGACCUCCAGCCCUUUGAGGCGUCUUGGGAGGACCAACUCCUUCAGCUCGGACGGGGAGAGUUGGCCGGUGGAGGUGACCAUUCAGGUGAACAGCGUCACCGCCAUCAACAUCAAGCGCAUCCUCUUUGAUGUCGACUUUACGCUGAUGCUGGACUGGCAAGACCCCAGGUGCGUUGGCCUGACGGGCAAGGAGAUAGAAAAGAUGAGCAUCUUCAACCCCGAGGUGGUCAUUGACAACGCGGUGGACAACGACCAGCCCAUCGCCGGCGGCUGCAACUUCCCGAGGCCCAACAAGCUCAUCGAUGGGUUCUGUCCGGACGGGCACCUCAAAAAGACCAACCGCUACCGGCUCUCGCUGACUUGCAACGGCCUGGACUUGAGGGCCUUUCCCUUCGACACCCAAAUCCUCCCCAUUCGCCUCAAGGCGCGGAACCGGAGCCAGACCGAGGACGGGGAUGUGAUCCUGGUGGGCCCGGAAGGCUUGAACGGGGAACACAAGAAGCAGGGCUUGCGGCGCAUGGGCCACACGGUGAAGAUGCAGGCAGAUCGACUGGCGGACUUCAAGAUCCAGUCUCUGAUGGGUCUCCGCACGGAGACCCCGGACCGAUGGUACGAGGUGCGCAUCAUUGUGGAGCGCAGUCCAGGCCACGCCAUCCGCAACGUGGCGAUGCCGUGCCUGGUGAUCUUGACCUUCUCCUUCACCAUCUACGCCAUCCCCAUGUCCGAGCUGGGCUCCAGGUUGGAGAACACCGCGACUUGCCUGCUGGCGAUGAUGGCCUUUCAGGGCGUGGUCAAUGACAUGCUGCCGCCCGUCUCAUACGAGACGGCCCUGGGUAGGUAUGUGACCGCUGUGUACAUCAUUCUGAUG